GGGGAUGGGCAGGAGGAGGAAGGAAACACCCCCGGCCUGCCUCCCUGGACAGAGAGAGACCCCAGAAGCCAGAAAUGAACUUGCGAGUGGAACCACCAGCAGUUAAAAGAGGACCCCGUCUACCCGUGUCCCCAACUGGCUCCAGUGCUGUUACCCGCCCCCAGUUUGUCAUUCGGACGAGGCCUGCUGUUUAGACUCAGAGACGAUUUCUGUGCGCUUCUUCCCAUACUUCUGCGUGACAGUUUACGUUCCUUUCCUUGCCUUUUCUCACCUGGACCCCAGGGAACAGCAUGGCUGAGUGAGCCGCCCCUGGGCCCGCACCCACCCCAGCAUGGUCCAGGCCUGUGGGGGGUGCUCCAGAGAACAGUCGCUGGCCUUAUCUUUGGGGGCAGCCAUGACCCAGCCUCCGCCCACCAAAGCACCACCCAAGAAGCAUGUGCGGCUACAGGAGAGGAGGGGAUCCAACGUGGCUCUGAUGCUGGACGUGAGAUCCCUGGGCACCGUGGAACCCAUCUGCUCAGUGAACACGCCCCGUGAGGUCACCCUGCAUUUUCUGCGCACCGCUGGACGUCCCCUUACCUGCUGGGCCCUGCGGCACCAGCCCCCCAGCCCCAAGCAGCUGGAGGAGGAAUUCUUGAAGAUCCCCUCAAACUUUGUCAGCCCAGAAGACUUGGAUAUCCCUGGCCACGCCUCCAAAGACCGAUACAAGACUAUCUUACCAAAUCCCCAGAGCCGCGUCUGUCUUGGUCGGGCACAGAGCCAGGAGGAUGGCGACUACAUCAAUGCCAACUACAUCCGCGGCUAUGAUGGGCAGGAGAAGGUCUACAUUGCAACCCAGGGCCCCAUGCCCAACACCAUGUUGGACUUUUGGGAGAUGGUGUGGCAGGAAGAUGUGUGCCUCAUCGUCAUGCUUACACAGCUCCGUGAGGGCAAGGAGAAGUGUGUCCACUACUGGCCCACAGAAGAGGAAACUUACGGGCCCUUCCAGAUCCGCAUCCAGGACAUGAAAGAGCGUCCAGAAUACACUGUGCGGCACCUCACCAUCCAGCACCAGGAAGAAUGUCGCUCAGUAAAGCACAUCCUCUUCUCGGCCUGGCCUGACCACCAGACUCCAGAAUCGGCUGGGCCCCUGCUGCGCCUGGUGGCCGAGGUGGAUGAGAGCCCAGAGACAGCCACCAACACUGGGCCUAUUGUGGUCCACUGCAGUGCAGGGAUUGGCCGGACCGGAUGCUUCAUCGCCACCCGCAUUGGCUGCCAGCAGUUGAAGGCCCGAAGGGAAGUGGACAUCCUGGGUAUCGUGUGCCAACUGCGGCUAGACAGAGGGGGGAUGAUCCAGACCGCAGAGCAGUACCAGUUCCUGCACCACACUUUGGCCCUGUACGCAGCCCAGCUGCCCCAGGAGCCCCGCCCCGACCACUAAGCCCUCUGAGAGCCUGGAUGCCAGCCUCCCUGCAGGCCUGAGGAAGUGAGUCUGGGGAAGUGGGCCGUGUGACCGGGGACACCAGCCCAUGUGGACUUGGGGAAGGGGAGCUUCACUGGACAGCACUUAUGGGCCCAGGAAGCUGGGUCAGCAAGGGGUAGGAGCCAGGCUCCCCGAUCUUCCCCACUGCCCACUCCUCUGCCUCCUCUAGUGGCCCCAGAUGGACAGCAUGGGGAGCUUCGCCUGCCUGAGCUUAAAGACAGCAGCUGGCACUAGGGAUGGGCCGAGAAGGAAGCCCAGGUACACUCACCUUCUCGUUGUGAGCUCCAGCUUCCUCAUCUAUGACAUGGACACAAGUGCUUUGCUGCCACAAGGGAAGCAGUCAGAAAAGCUCCUAGAAGUCACCGCAGUUCUGUCCUCUCCCCCUUGGCUGGCAAGAGCGUGAUCCCAAGCUCAUCCUCCCCAAGGCCCUUCCCAAACAUAGGCCAGAUGUAAGAGCUGGGAAAGGUCUGGUUGGCCAGAUUCUUAUCAUCUUAGCAACUCUUCCCCAUACAUCUGUGAUUGCCAGAUGAACCCCCCAAAGAGAACCAGGACCCAGACUGGCCUUGCUUCCACAGCUGUGUCCCAGGAGGAGAUUACCGGGGUGACCAGGCCUGGCAGUAGAAAUCUCUAGAAGAGGGAACAUGUGGGAAUCAUUCAGAGGUCGGGAGAGUUGCACCUGCUUCCCUAAUCACCUACCACUUACCCCAGCUAAUCUCUUGUGCUCCACUUUGCUUCCAUGACUUGAGAAGAUACCCCCAAUCCCCAAGCAGUGCCAAGGAUAGAGGAGAGAAGAGGACACCAAGAGUUUGAUCUGCUUUGAGAAAACCCACCCCCACCAUACAACUGCCCUCAUCCAUCUUGGCAUCAACCCAAUUCCCAGGGGACCUCACAUCUAUCUCAGGGCUGAACUACACCCCACGGGAAGCCACCCGUGCCUUCAGCCCUCUUCUGUGCCAGACGGGAUGCCUCUGGGGCUGCAAGUAAAGCACCAGUCCCGCUGGCCUCAGCCAGGCCUCUGCCUUGCCUGGGCUCGGCACCCUGAGGAAGCCAGGUCCUGCAGAGUGGCCAGGCUCCUCCUUCCUGACAUCUCUUCUGAGGGGUACUCAGUGCUGCCGCUGAGGUUAAUUCUCUACAUGCUUCUGCUUGGCCUUACUGAGGAGCUUCCAUCCUUCAGCCUUGGGAUGGGCUCCCUUGCACCUCGGCCCGCCUGAGCCUCUGACAAGCACUACUGUCCAUGCUCCUGAGCUAGGAGGAGGCGCUCAAGUGCCUGACCCUGCCUAAUCACACCCAGCCCAGUCAGGAGGGAGGUGAUGCGACAGGCACUCCUCCCCACACCACCACCACACAACUGUCACUGUUGCAGAGCUCAGAGGGACAAGCUCUGGAAAAGUAACCAAGUGGGAAAAAUAAAGCCUUCCUGGAUGACUGGUUCAUUCCUUGCUUCCUCCUCCUCAGCCCACUGGAGCUGGGUAAGGAGUAAGUUUCCGUUGUCCAGGAGCAGGCUGCAGUCUUUCCCGCUGGGCUAUUCUGUUUUCCAGCAGUUUCAAGGAUACAAAGCAAAGUGGAACUGGAGUCAGGGUAGGAAGUGAGGCAGCAGUAGGCCAGCCCAGCCUGCCCAGGCGUCUGUAACAAAAGAGCCUAAACUGAGUGACCCACAAGCAACACAGGUUUGUUUCUCACAGUGCUGCAGGCUGGACACUCGAAGACCAAGGUGACUGCAGAUUCAGAGUCAGUGUCUGCUCAGGGCCCUCUUUGUGACUCGCUUACAGGGCUUGCAGGCGAGGGUCGGGGCUCUGGACUCUCCCUGUCUCCUCUCUUCUACAAGGACAUUAAUCCUAUUCAAUAGGGCUCCGCCCUGUCGACCUAAUCACCUUCCGAAGGGCCCACCUCCUAAUGCCAUCACCUUGGAGAUGAGGAUCUCAGCACUUACAUUUUGGAGAGACAAACAUUCAGACGUUUGGAUACGACAUUGGGAUACAGCAUGUGUCCCUCAGCAGCUAGGGGAGGGCUUACAAAGGGCAGAAAACUAGACAAACUGUACUUAAUAAACCAGAAUAUUAUUCUAGUGCAAGA